CUACCCCUUGUCAAUAAAUCAGUUUCUUCGACCACGUCCUACGCACGGUCUCUGCUUGCAAUGUAGCCAUAGAUGAGAACAGGAACCACUGCUGCCGUUACAGUCAUUCUAAGCAAUUACAUGCUCCAACUUCGCUCCAAUCUCAACACUCGCAAGACGCCCCUCGUCAAGCAGGUUCCUUUUUUCUUCUGUCUCUUUUCUACCAAUAAACAUUGCUCCACUGCUUCUCACACUUACCCACCUCCAUCAUUCUCUGAUUCCAGUCGCCAAAUAAACAAAAUCCAAUCAGAUUUGUCUUCGAUUGACUGCACCGGUAUUGCACAGUCCGUUAUAUCAAAUUGUCAUGAUUUCUUUGAGAGAAGUAACGGGAGGUCCUUUGUUAAUGCUUCUCUCAAGGACCUUCUUUUGGAUGUAUCUAAUGUAAUACCCGACAUUACUCGUCGUUUUAGGAGGGUUUUGAAGCUGACCCCUCAAGAUGUGCUUGAAAUAUUACUGGGUUUCGAAUUUGAGUGUAGAAAAGUGGGGUUUGAUGCUAAAAGGGUUGAAACUGUGUGGGGAAUUUUCAAUUGGGUUCAUAAAAUGGAUAAGGAUUUCAAGCACCUUACUCCAUCAUGUGAGGUCAUGGCGUCAAUGCUUGUCCAUGUGGGUAUGCUUAGAGAAGUUGAAUUAUUGCUUUUGGGGAUGGAGAAUCAAGGAAUUACAUUUCAUAGUGCUGUAACUUUUGGUAAUUUGGUUGGAGGGUAUCUUGGUAGGGGUGAAACAGGAAGAGCUUUUUUCGUAUAUAAUCAAAUGAGGGGCCAAGGGUUAAUCCCACCCCUGUCAUGUUGUUCUGCUCUUCUUCAUCAUUUGGUUCGAAUUAGGGAAACCCAAUUGGCAUUUCGAGUUUGUUUGGAUAUGGUGGAAAUAGGGAUAAAUGCCAGCGAUUUAGGAAAGUCUAGUGUGGACAAUAUUGUUAGGCUUCUUUGUAGCGAAGGAAUGAUUCAAGAAGCGAGAAAUCUUGUUAAGAAGGCUAUGGCUUUAGGUUUUGAGCCCAGUAGUUUAGUUAUUUAUGAGAUUGCUUGUGGUUAUUGUGAGAACAAAGAUUUUGAAGAUUUGCUGGGGUUCUUUGUUCAAAUGAAGUGUCCUCCAGAUGUUCUGACUGGAAAUUCAAUCAUAAAUACCAUAUGUAGCUAUUUUGGUGCUGAGAGAGCCGACUUUUUCAGGCAAAAACUUGAACAGUUAGGUUUUCAACCAAAUGAGAUUACAUUUGGAGUCUUAAUUGGUUGGAGUUGUCAUGUAGGAAACUUGAGAAAUGCUGUUACGUAUUGGUCAGAAACUUUAUCGAGGGGCCUGAAACCUCAUAUAUGUUCCUAUAAUUCCCUUAUCAGUGGAAUGUUCAUGCAGGGAAUGUGGGAACAUGUCCAGGCCGUUCUUGAUGAAAUGGUGGAUAGGGGGACAACACCCAACUUGACAACUUUCAGAAUUCUUUUGGCUGGAUACUGCAAGGCUAGACGAUUUGAUGAAGCAAAGAAUAUGAUUCCUGAAAUGGUGAACCGGGGUUUUAUUGAAUCUUCUUCACCAGAGGAUCCCCUUUCUAAAGUAUUCACUGUAUUGGGGCUCAAUCCAUCGGCUGUCAGAUUGAAAAGGGACAAUGACGUGGGUUUCCUCAAGACAGAAUUCUUUGAUACUCUAGGGAAUGGACUUUAUCUAGAUACUGACCUUGAUGAGUACGAGAAAAGAGUAAACGAUGUGCUUCAAGAAUCGACAAUAAUUGAUUAUAAUUCGGUUGUGAUGAAGGAGUGCAGUGAUGGGAAUUAUAGUGCUGCAGUUGGCUUGGUAAAUGAAAUGGUUCAGUGGGGUCAAGGACUGUCUUUGUCUGUCUUCUCUGCAUUAUUAAAUGGGCUUUGUACAUCUCGUUUACAUGUGAGGGCAAGUGCCUAUCUUUUGGAUCAGGUGCCGAAACUCACUAAUCAGCUGGACCAAGAAACUCUCAAUUUGCUUGUCCAAGCAUAUUGUAAGAAAGGAUUGACAUACAAAGGGAGUAUCUUGUUUGACGGAAUGCAGCAGAGGAAUUUAACAAUCCAUGGCAAAACAUUCAGUCUUUUGAUCAAGGGUUUAUGUAAGAUGAAAAAUAAUCAGAAGAUUAUUGAUUUAUUGGCCAUGGCUCAACAGAGCAAAUGGUUACCUGAGUUGGAAGACUGUAAAGCUCUUGUGGAAUGUCUAUGCCAUCAAAAUAUGCUAAAAGAAGUACUGAAGCUUUUUGAAAGCAUGAUGGUGGCCAAUACUCACUUAAGGUUGGAAAUCUGCCAUGUGUUUCUUGAAAAGUUGUGUGUCUUAGGUUUUGCAGGUAUUUCACAUGUGCUGGUGGAAAAACUUUUACUGCAGGGUUUUGCCUUGGAUCACAUAGCUUAUAGCCAUCUUUUAAGAGGGUUUUGUAAGGAGAAAAGAUUUUCUGUUGCCUUUACGAUAUUGGAUAGUAUGCUUACCAAUAACUUGGUUCCUUGCUUAGAUGUUUCUGUUAUAUUAAUUCCCCAGCUAUGUAGGGCGGCUAGAUUUGAAAAAGCAAUAGCAUUGAAAAACAUUGUAUCAGCAGAGCAAUCUAAGCUUUCAAGUUCUGUCAACAGUGCCUUAGUUAAAGGAUAUUUUUUGACAAGGAAGAUUGAGGAGGCAGUUAAUCUAGUCCAGGACAUGAUGUGGGGAGGACAAGUUCCAGAUGCUGAGAUUUAUGACAUAAUGUUUCAAGAGAACUGCCGAGUAAAGAACUUUACUAAGGUACGGGAGCUAGUUGGUGCUAAGAUAAGAAAUAAUUUGGGCCUUCCAAUUUCUAGUUACCGGAAUUGGGUGCGUUUGAUGUGUGCAGAUGGCAGAUUCCUUUCAGCAUUACGCCUGAAGGACUUCAUGCUGGGACAGAGUGGGUCUCAUGGCCUCAUCGUUUAUAAUAUUUUACUGUUUUAUCUUCUCUCAAAUGGGAACCUAGUACUUGUGACUGAACUUCUGAAUGAACUGCAAAAGAAAGGAUUGCUACUCGAUGAAGUCUCAUACAAUUUUCUUGUAUAUGGGUUUUCUCAGUGCAAAGAAGUCUCUACUUCUGUGCAUUACCUGUCUACUAUGAUAUCCAAGGGACUUCGGCCAAGCAAUCGUAGCUUAAGGACAGUCUUAUGUUCUCUGUGUGAACUUGGAGUGCUUAAGGAAGCCUUGGAGUUGAGUCGAGAAAUGCAUGCAAGAGACUGGAUUCAUGGUUCACUUGUUCAAAAUUCACUUGUUGAGUGCCUUGUUUCUCAUGGUCAGCUUCAAGAAGCAGAAGAUUUUCUGGAUCGGAUGGUACGUAAAGGUCAAAUCCAUGAUAGUAUCAACUAUAAUUAUCUAAUUAGGCUGUUUUGUCAGUAUGGAAGACUUAAUAAGGUAGUUGAUCUUCUUAAUGUCAUGUUGAAGAAAGGAAACAUCCCAAAUUCAGCAAGUUAUGAUUCCAUCAUCCAGAGUUUCUGUGCAUGUAAUAAAAUGGACCAAGCUAUGACUUUUCAGACUGAGAUGUUGGAUAGGGAUCUAAAGCCAAGCAUCAAAACAUGGAACAUGCUUGUUCAUAAAUUUUGUCAAGAUGGACAAAGUGCAGAAGCUGAAAGGCUCUUGAUUUCUAUGGUUCAGUUAGGUGUAACCCCAACCAGAGAAAUCUACUACUCAUUAAUCAAUUGCCAUCGCUAUGAAAACAAUCUCAGGAAGGCAUCAGAGCUUGUGCAAGUGAUGCAGCGAAAUGGUUAUGAGCCGGAUUUUGACAUGCACUGGUCGCUGAUAAGCAAGUUAAGCCAUUCAAAUGACAAGGACAAGGACAGCAGCAGCAAGGGGUUCCUGUCACGGCUUCUUUCAGGAAGUGGAUUUACUUCCAAGUCCAAAUUGGGAUGAUACAACAUGAUCAAGAUUACUAUCUUAAAGACAUGGUUUAGAUGGUAAACUUAUUUUUUUCGUACUUUGUAUAUACCUGAAAGAAAAUUUCUGCUG